UCAUCAUAAUCAACACAGAAAACUAUAUAGCCCUCUUCACAAAUCCUCAAAUACAUUUCAUAUAUAUAUAUAGAGUUUAUCUUUUUAAUUUUUUUUUGAACUUGUAAGAACUUAAACAUGGCAGCUUCAACCAGCUUCAAGAGAUCGGAUACAAUUGCUGACAGCAUGCCAGAUGCAUUGAAGCAAAGCCGAUAUCAAAUGAAGAGAUGCUUCGCAAGAUACGUGGGCAAAGGAAAGCGGCUCAUGAAAAACAAGCAACUUAUGGAAGAUCUAGAGAAGUCUAUGGACGACAAGGUCGAAAAGCAGAGACUCAUGGAAGGCUAUCUCGGUUACAUUAUAUGUUCAACUCAGGAAGCUGUUGUUCUCCCGCCAUUCGUCUCAUUUGCAGUUAGGCCUCAUCCUGGCAUAUGGGAGUUUGUCAAGGUUCAUUCCGGAGAUCUUUCCGUCGAAGGCAUUACGGCUUCUGAGUACUUGAAGGCGAAGGAAAUAUUAUUUGAUGAGAAAUGGGCAAGUGAUGAGAAUGCAUUGGAAAUCGAUUUUGGUGCUUUUGAUAUUGCUACACCUCAGCUUGCAUUGCCUUCAUCCAUAGGAAAUGGUCUUCAAUUCAUGUCUAAAUUUAUCUCAUCGAAAAUCCAUGAACAAUCCGAGAGCAUUGAACUGUUACUCGACUAUUUACUUGCUCUCAAUCAUAAAGGCCAAAACCUUCUAAUCAAUGAUACUGUCAACACUGUCAACAAACUUCAAACUGCUUUGCUUUUAGCUGAGGAUUACGUUUCCGACCUCCCAAAGAGUACACCGUUUCCAAAAUUCGAGCACAGGUUUCAAGAUUGGGGAUUGGAAAAAGGAUGGGGUGAUACAGCGGAACGAGUAAAGGAUAACCUACAUUGUUUGUCCGAGGUUCUACAAGCACCGGACCCAUUGAACAUGGAGAAAUUUUUCAGUUUUGUUCCGUGUGUUUUCGACAUUGUGAUCUUCUCUCCACAUGGAUAUUUUGGACAAGCCGGGGUUCUUGGUCUGCCAGAUACAGGAGGACAGGUUGUUUAUAUCCUUGAUCAAGUAAAAGCUUUAGAAGAGGAAUUGCUCCUCAGAAUUAAACAGCAAGGGUUGAAUAUAAAGCCUCAAAUACUAGUGUUAACAAGGAAAAUACCCGAAGCCCAGGGAACCAAAUGUGACCAUGAACUUGAGCCGAUACUUAACACGAAUCACUCGUUUAUCCUUCGAGUGCCAUUCAAGACUGAUCAUGGGGUCCUUAAGCAGUGGGUCUCUAGGUUUGACAUUUACCCUUACCUCGAGAGAUAUGCAAAAGAUGCUGCCGAGAAAGUCAUCGACCGUCUGGAAGGGAAGCCAGACUUGAUCAUUGGUAACUACACUGAUGGAAAUUUGGUUGCUUCUCUAAUGGCAAGCAAGCUUGGAGUCACGCAGGGAACCAUUGCUCAUGCUCUUGAGAAGACAAAAUACGAAGAUUCAGACUUCAAAUGGAAAGAAUUGGAUAAAAAGUAUCACUUUUCAUGCCAAUUCACCGCCGACAUGAUCUCGAUGAACACUACGGACUUCAUCAUCACAAGUACAUACCAAGAAAUUGCUGGAAACAAAGAAAAGCCAGGACAGUACGAGAGUCAUUAUGCAUUUAGUCUUCCAGGUUUAUGCCGGUUCGUGUCGGGCAUCAAUGUUUAUAAUCCUAAGUUCAAUAUAGCUCCCCCUGGUGCCGAUCAAUCGAUAUACUUCCCAUACACACAGAAGCAAAAGAGACUAACCAAUUUUCAUCCUGCCAUUGAAGAACUUCUAUAUAGUAAAGAGGACAAUGAUGAACAUCUAGGACUCCUUACCGAUCCGAAAAAACCGAUAAUUUUCUCAAUGGCAAGGCUUGACACAGUGAAGAACAUCACAGGAUUGGUAGAGUGGUACGCCAAGAACAAGAAGCUGAGGGAAUUGGUAAACCUUGUUGUAGUUGCAGGCUUUUUUGAUCCAUCAAAGUCAAAAGACAGGGAAGAGAUCAGCGAAAUCAAGAAGAUGCAUUCGCUCAUCGAAAAAUACCAAAUGAAGGGUCAGAUAAGAUGGAUAGCUGCACAAACAGAUCGGUAUCGCAAUGGAGAGUUGUAUCGUUGCAUUGCUGAUACCAAAGGAGCAUUUGUACAGCCUGCACUUUAUGAAGCAUUCGGUCUUACUGUCAUUGAGGCAAUGAACUGUGGUCUACCAACGUUUGCUACAAAUCAAGGUGGGCCGGCGGAGAUCAUUGUCGAUGGUGUAUCGGGCUUUCAUAUUAAUCCAAACAAUGGAGAUGAAGCAAGCAACAAGAUUGUUGACUUCUUUGAGAAAUGCAAGGCUGACACUAGUUACUGGAACAAGAUGUCUACCGCAGCUCUUCAACGUAUAUACGAAUGCUACACAUGGAAGAUAUACGCGAACAAAGUACUGAAUAUGGGGUCUACAUACACCUUCUGGAGGCUGCUAAACAAAGAACCAAAACAUGCUAAAGAGAGAUAUCUGCAUAUGUUAUACAGUCUUCAAUUCAGAAACUUGGCGGCAACGGUGCCGGUGCCCGGGAUUGCCGGAGAACAAGAAAAGCAGGAUAAGCCAGCAAAGGCAACACUCAAGCCUAAGCUAACAAGGAGGACACAAUCAAGAUUGCAAAAGGCAAUAGAAGACUGCUUCACACCAAAACCAAAAAGCACUCAAGCCACAAGUUCCUCAGCAACAUAAAACAGAUAUACAUAUACAUAUAUAUAUAUGAUGUGAUAUAAUGUGAUAUGAAUGUAUGUUGGAUUGAAAACCUGGUGAAUUUAUCUUUGUAUCUGUGUGUAUAUGUGUGCAUUUGAUUGUUUAUAAUGGAAUGGAGUAUUCAUUGAUUC